AUGCGCGUCGCCGUCGUCGGUACCGGCGUUUCAGGCUUAUCGGCCGUGUGGAUCCUCAAAAAGUACUCGGACCACGAAGUCAACGUGUACGAGCGCAACGCGGUCGCGGGGCCGGCGCAGCUCGAGGUCGCGGUGGACGGCAAGGAGGGUGUGCGGCUCGACGCCUACCCCCUCACAGUGGCCGCAAGCGACGCCGCAGCCCGCGCAUUCCUCGCCGACGCCAGCGUGCCCCUGCGCCCCGCAGCGUCGGGCCUCAGCGCAUCGCGCGACGGCCACCCCCUCUGGUCGGCAGGUGACUGGCGCUCCCUCUCCCUCGCCGACGCGCUCAGCCCGCGCGCGUGGCGCCUCGCGCUCGACGUCGCGCGGUGGGAGAGCAGCGGUGCGACCGGCAGCGGCACGCUCGCUGCGUUCCUCGAGAACGAGGGAUACUCGCGCGCCCUGUUUGACGACUACCUCCUCCCGCGCAUCGCCGCGUCGUUCCUCACGCCGUCAGCCGAGGCCGCUUUCGCGCUCCCCGCGUCGGCCGUGCUCGCGCGCCUCAGCGCCGCGCGCAGCGCUCGCCUGGCACUAAGUGGCGCCGACCUCGCGUCGUCCGUGGGCGCCACGCUGCCCAGCUACAACCUGCACACCGCCACCAAUAUCGCGGCAAUCAGCAGCCACGACGCGGGCGUGACGCUUACCGAGGCGGGCGGGCAGCAGCACGUGUACGACCACGUCGUGCUCGCCCUGCCUGGCGCCACGGCGCUGCAGCUGCUCCAGGCGGGCGGGUGGGCGAGCGAGGAGGAGCGCGUCGCGCUCGCCGGUCGGGGGCAGGCCGACGCCGUCGUCCGGUUCCGGCCUGGAAGCGGCACGAGCGUCGACUGCUGGACUACGCCGCCCGCGUACGGCGGGACAGAGACGGGCGUCGCGGCCUCGCCUAGCUUCGCGCUUGGGCGCGGCGUCGCGCUGACCGUCUACCCCCACGACGGGGACGUCGGCGCACUCGUGCGCGAGAGCGUGCCCCUCCCGCCUGUCGACGCCGGUGCCGCGGCUGCCCUCGCGGCGGUGCAGAACACGCGCCGUAUCUCGUUUGUCGGCGCACAUGCGCACGACGUCGGCUCGGCGCUCGCGUCGGCGACGGAGGUGCUCUCGCGCCUCAACGCGACGCCGCCAUACCCCGCCCAAGCCGCGCUCUCGCCCCCCUCCGCACUCACCCUCCGCGCCCUCCGCCUCGCUGUCGUCCUCGCCGACACUGCGCGCCGCGCCACCGCGCCCCUCUUCUUCGUCAUCGGCUGGCCCGUCGCCUUCGCCCUCGCCGUCGUCGGCCGCGUCGCUGGCCUCCUCGGCCUCCGCGACAUCAACGCCGCUGCCACAAAGCUCGGCACCGAGUGGGCCUAA